AUGUGGACACCUCCAUCUGCCCAAAUUUUGUCCUUUCAGAGCACUCCUGACCCCAAGCAAUAUACGAAAGAGGAGUAUGAGACAUUCAUGAAUCAAGCUACCACAAAUAAUCAACCACAUACAAUCCCGUCGACUUCAUCUGCGAGCCCUUCCAAAAUCGUCACCUCGACGUUAAGCUCUCUACCACAAGUUCAGUCUCAUCCAACUCAAGCUCAACCUAUGGGCUCAGGGGUAAAACAAGUCACAGACUUCAUUCCACUAGCAAAGACAGGAAAAGAAGUUGAAGAAGAAAGUCGAGCAAGUGGUUUUCAACAACAGGUCCACCGUCAUGCGACAACUGACAAUGUUGAAGACAGAAAUAUGCCUGAUCCCGUUCAAGUCAACUACUUCAAAGUUAUCUUCGACUCGAAUGUUGAUCUUCGAAGAUACAAGAUUAAACUCGAUCAAAUCAAUUCAAAGGACGUUGUAAAGCGGAUGUGGGUUUCGGACUACUCCAAAUACAUUGUCUCCGUCGGCAAGCUUUACAAAACCUUCGCUAAUGUACCAGGAGCAACUGUCGAGGUUUUUCAUGAUCGCCGUGGUCGAGAUCAAAGCAUGGUUCCAAUGCGGAGCUUGAUCAUUUACGAAGGCCCCUUUCAAGCAAAUGCCUUAAACACACAUGUGUCUUCGAUUAAUUCAUCAUUCAUACCAGAUGCGGAACUUGGGAUGAUGGACAUCAUGUCGUGGCUCAGAAUUAAUGGUUAUAAAGCACAGAAUGCAGCAUUUUUUGAUAGAUUCCAUGCGGCAAAUGGAUUCUAUUCUACUGUUGAUGGUGUAAUUCCUUACAAUCAGGUUCCAUCACGUGGCAAACCAACCUUCCUGAUUAUAACUGGCUUCUACACAUCGAUGCAGCCAGCUAUCGGAUCAGUGCUAUUGAAUGUUGACACCCUGACCUCAGCUUUACUCCAACAAGCGCCGACGGAUCCCCGGGUCAGACCACCUCUGUUUAUAACCACAUGA